CCGAUCAACUUUCCCAAAUGGCUUGAAGAGAACAGGCAUCUGCUCAAGCCGCCCGUCGGCAACUACUGCCUCUUCAAGACGGAAGACUAUACAGUCAUGGUGGUUGGUGGCCCAAAUGCUCGCAGUGACUACCACUAUCAGCCUACCGAGGAGUUCUUCUACCAGGUGCAAGGAGCCAUGGUCCUCAAGGUCAUCGAUGAUGGAAAGUUGAGGGAUAUUGUCAUCGGAGAGGGCGAGAUGUUCAUGCUGCCUGCGAACACUCCUCACUCACCCUGUCGCUUCGAGAACACCAUCGGGCUCGUCGUGGAGAGGACUAGACCAGAGGGUGGCGAGGAUGCGAUGCGAUGGUAUUGCCCCAAUUUUGCAGCCCACUCAAAUGGUCCCAAGCUAAUCAGGGAGGUGCGCUUCGAGUGCCACGACCUGGGCACCCAACUGAAGCCGAUCAUUCAGGGAUGGGUGGAAGACGAGUCAGUUCGGAAAUGCGCUGGAGAGGGAGGGUGUGGCCAAGUCGCUGGGCCAAGAGAUGUUCCA